AUGUCUACCUACCUACCUCUCUACGCACUUCUUAAGAUACUCAUGCUGCACGGCUACACGCAAUCCGGCCUGCUCUUCCAAGCCAAAACCGAUGCACUGCGAAAAAUCCUGCAAAAGGACUGGCUCACAGGCUGCGAGAUCGUAUGCCCAACCGCACCUAUCCAACUGAGUCCUGCUGGCGAGACAUUUCUCACAAUUGAGGACGGAAAUGAGGAGGAAAUUGAUGCGUGGGCGUCAUGGAAGCGCAAGGGCGAGGGCGAAGCUUAUACGUACGACAGCCUAGAACAAGGGCUGGUCAAGAUCGUGGAGGUACUGGACUAA